CCUACACACCCAGCGCAAUGUUUUGGUGAUGCACGUAGACUCGCAUACGUUGCCAGGUGAGCCCAGCCCUUCUGUCGCCACGUUGGACUCGCUAGUUGCUGAGCCUUCGCCUCCAGUGCAAAGAUGGCUGAACCACAACAAAUGGAUUUGGAAAAUGAUUUGUCCUAUAAUUCCGAUGACGAUGUAGUGAUCAUCGAGGAGUCGCCCACUGUUAAUGACGUAGGAAUAAAGGCGUGUAUGGCCGGGAAGCGGAAGGUGGUGUGUAGCGGGGAGGGCCCGCCCCCCAGGAGGCAAAGGAGGAGGAGGAGGAACGGUUGCGGUGUGAGGAGCAGGAGUAGGAGUCGCAGCAGGAGUCGCAGCAGGAGCGACACCUGCCGGAAGGGCUGGGCGGCCGCGGGGGACGCUACCCACAGGGCCGGCUGGCUCAAACGCAAGAGACCAAUGGUGGCGUAGGCAGACGUCGCCAGGCCCAGCCCUCGGCGCCAGGCCCAGCCCUCGGCGCCAGGCCCAGCCCUUGACGGCAGCUGCGCCCAUGGCAGAAGGUCGACGUCGACGGCGCGGCCCUCAAGGGAAGGUGGCCACUCAGGACAACGUGCUGAGAGUGAAUCUGGACCUCCGUUCCGGACUCCCUCGGGCUACACUUCAACCCAACCCCGGGCGUGCCAACGGGGCGUGCACCACAGGGCUCGGAGGGGCACCACAAUACUACAGCGCCUACUGCCGCCCUCCUCCCGCCCAACAUAGCUACCAGGCCCCCGCCCAACAUAGCUACCAGGCCCCCGCCCAACAUAGCUACCAGGCCCCCGCCCAACAUAGCUACCAGGCCCCCGCCCAACAUAGCUACCAGGCCCCAGCCCAACAUAGCUACCAGGCCCCCGCCCAACAUAGCUACCAGGCCCCCGCCCAACAUAGCUACCAGGCCCCCGCCCAACAUAGCUACCAGGCCCCCGCCCAACAUAGCUACCAGGCCCCCGCCCAACAUAGCUACCAGGCCCCCGCCCAACAUAGCUACCAGGCCCCCACCCAACAUAACUUCCAGGCGCCUCGCACCCAACAUAACUACCAGGCCCCCGCCCAACAUAGCUACCAGGCCCCUCGCACCCAACACCUGCCUCCCACUACCCAGUAUCGGGAGGUCCUAGACGAGCCACCAAAAUAUGAUGACAUUUUUAGGAAUAAUUUGAAUGUGCAGCCUUCUCAGCCUUAUGCAGGACAACAUAAGAGUUACGAGAAAAGUCACCUAAAGUCCUACUUGUUGAGACACUUUAACAAGGCUAAGACUGUGAACAAAGACCGCGGGGCUCCUGUCGUCACUCGCACUGUUGGCUCCCGUGGGUCGGUUGGCGUCGUCACUGGCGGACGGAGUCCGUGCUACGCUGAGGUCAACAUUCCGCCCACAACGCCCCUUCAGUGCCCGAGAUCUUCUCCGGUAGGGGGCCCUCCGUCGCCCCACCCUCACCUUGCACAACCCACCUACGAGCAACACAACCAGUUUGGUCAGCAGCCGUUUCUCAGGCGGCCACAGCAACAACCUCGACAACAGGAAUUUGGACAGCAGCAGCAACAGCAUUCAGGGCAACAACAGUUUGAGCAGCAGCAGCAGCAGCAGUUCGAUCAGUUUGGCUACCAACAAAAUCAACAACAAACGAAGAAAUUUACCAUUACCCUCAAACCUGGCCAUUACCAAGUGAACGUAGAGUGGCGCUCUAAGUCUCGGCCCUUCAGCAUCACCCUCACCCCUAAGAAGAAAGCCAGCUUUGAGGCCCAGCCUCCGACGGAGCAGCAGCCGCUGUACUACGCCACGUGUCCUGCUCCCGACCACCACAACCACCACUUCUCGCCCAGGCGCAUUGUGCACCGCCUCUUGUUUGGUCCACACUCACACGCCCCCCUCGAGUGUGACCAGGGUAGUGACGACGACACCUGCGACGAAAACAUGUCGCCGGCGCAGCUACCUCGGCAGUCGAUGCAGCAGACCAGCGUACAGCAACAGGUAGCACAACACGAGCGGCGGACGCUUCAGCAACAGGUGGGCAUUAAUCCGAGGGCGUGUGAGGACCGCAAGGGACAGAAGCGGUGCUGGAAUGGCGUGAGCCCGCGUCACCGCCAGCGGAAGAGCCGCUACAGGUGGGCAUCUCUCUCGUGCAUGCACUUGGGCAGCCUAGACGACAGCGUGGGCGAGACCUCCGGCGGCGACUCCUAUGGCGGGUAUGAGGGAGUGGAGCACCUCAAGCGUCACUCCCUGAGCCACGCCAGGGCCGCCAGCUGCGAGUCUCUCGCCUGCAGGUGUCGGGCUGUUACCAGCACAGCUGGUUCAGGGCUUAGGUCCAGCUUGGGUAACUAUGGUGUUGGUAACAUGAGGCGUCGAGGAGUAGCUGCUCUUGGUGUUAGCGCCAGACUUAACUCUCUUCAUUCUGCUUUUUAUGGUGGUGGGCCAGGCAAUGGUGAUGGUGGACCUCAUGGUGGGGAUGGUAUGGACAUCGGUGAGGGACUGGCAGAAGAGAGCUUCAUAUUCGUGGAAAAACCACAAGUUAAGUAUGAGGCGGUGUCGUGUGAGGUGUUGAGGAACGACGACCAGUUAGGCCCCGGGGAGUUACUCUCCAAGAUUCAGGGGAUUGUCUCCCCGUCAGGUGGGGAGCGCAAGACCUGGCAUGAGGACGAGGCCUUCGUCAAGCAGGUGGUGGAGGAGUACUUCAAGGACCCCGCCCCGCUCUCAGACUCGGAGGUAAAGGAGGCUGAGGUCACACUACCGCCUGCAGAGCCCAAGGCUGCGGACGAAAAUUUUCUUGGUGAUAACCCUGCCGAUCUCCAUAAGUCAUCGUCCUCUUCCUCAUCAUCUUCCAUGGGCUCGGCGUCUUGUUCCUCGUCCUCUGACGAGGCCGAAGACAACCCGCAGAAAGGGUUAGACGGUGGAAGCCCAAGUAUUGACACAACGUACUGUGACACGGACAACAGUAACUCGUGGUUCACGGACGACUCUGAGGGCUACGAGGCUGACGCGGAGCCCAGCGACAAGGACACACUGGGCCAGAUGUGGCGCCGCUGGCGGAGUGCGCCAGACGUACGACUGCCCAGUGACGUCAGGGCCAGGCUUCGGGGACAACAGCUGGGCCAAGCUGCAGCGGCGGCGGCACCUCUUGGCGGAGAUGCUGCUUAUUCUAGUGGGGUUAGUGCCACCAAGAACGGCGGCGGGCGGGUGUGGAGGGGCGAGGGCGGUGGCGUGGCUGCUUGGGGUGGGGAGGCUGCCACCCACGCCGCCCCAUAUAAACACUUGCCGGUAUGUGGCUACCAGACCCGCAAGUCGUGUAGCGUUGACGAGACCAAGCUCUCACGUUUAAGGCUCGGCCUCCGCAAGGUGAAGGAACACAAGCUCUUACAGUUUCCCCAGCACGACUUGGAGAGGCGGCGGCGCCCCUCCAAAGUUCAGAGCAGCACACACACUGAGCGCGAACGAGUGGGUGGUAGCGAGGAGACGCUGAUCCCAGCCCUCACCACCCCUGACAAAGAGGAUGUAGACGACAAUGUGUUCACAACUGGCGUGCAAAAUUUGGAAUUUGUUAAUGGCAAAUUUAAAGCGGGUGAAGAUAAGAUUCAGUGCAGGGAAGGCGUGUGGGAAUGUGCUCGCGCGAGUGUAGGAAAGGUAGGCGUACAAGCAGACGGUGGAGGGUGUGGUGGUUGCAGAGAGAGUAGUGUGGAUGGGGGCGCUAGUGUGGACGACAGCACGACGGAGAGGACCCACAGAGUUCUCAGCCAAGGUCUUGUCGUUCACCACUCUGCUGCCGUGCAUGAUACACACUCCAUCCUCAACGCCAGUGUUAUUAAGAACGCCCUCUCUAUCCUGAGGGAGGGUAUAGCAGCCCAGGAACUAGAAACAACAAAAUCAGAGUCUUGUGCAUCCGUGGCCACGUCAGGAGAGAAGAGUGUGCCAAGUGAAGCAGAGGAGAGCGGAGGUACACACACACAGGAUACACAAGUGGAAGACGAGGUCCAAGUGGGAUGUAGUGUGGCUGAGGGGGAGAGGAUAAUCGUAGCGAGUGUAAACCUUCGUCCUACCGAAGAUACCGCAUUCCACGACGCCGGGCAACUUGAACAUCAGCACCAAGUUGGAAGUAGAGCAGAGGAACUGGAGGGGCGCACUGGGGCAGGCUCUGGUGAGCAAGAUCACACGGAAGUUGCAAGUGUUGAUCUCGUGCAGGACAAGGAGAUGAACAGAAGUAACAUCACUAUUCACUUGACGCCGCCUCUUACUCAGAGGACCAACAAAGACAAGGUGAAGCCCACAGUGCCACAGUCGUUAGCGGCAAAAGAGCAGCCUUUUAUAGGUUGGGGAAAGACUGCCGGUAAGGUGAAUGACAGUUUGACCUACCAAAAUGUCCAACCCUGUGAUCGUUCCAACUCCACAAAUGGAAACCAACAGGUGGGUGAUGGAGUAUCAAGUGGGAGCAGCCAGAGGGUGAGAAUGGUACCCGAGGCUGACCCCUCGCCGCGGUCCUCCAGUGUAGACACUACACGGAGGAGUAUACGAACUUCUUCAGAGUGGAGGGCGAGCACGGACACCCUGUCGUCCUCCAGCGGCACAAGCAGCUGCUGCCACACGAGACCAAAACCCAAAUCCAAGAUGACAAGGAAGUCUUUCCCACAGUCCCCGGGUCAUAGUCGCCGACGCCAGACUGCUGCAGACGGCAGCUCCGGCACCACCAGCUCUGCCUCCAUCAAGGUAUUCGGCAACGAGUUCCAGCUGCACCGUGUUCAGGUGGGUACUGGCAGCGACCGUAAAUUUGCUCAGGCAACGCAAAGAGCAGUUUUUGAAGUGCCAGUAAGUGGUGGGGAGCAGAGCGACAGCCAGACGCUGCUGUCCCCCCCAGGGGAGAACAAGCAGGGUAGUGGUGGUGCCACGGUGCAAAAGAGUGAACUGGUGCUUGAGCCGCCCCAGUUUCGUGAAAGCCAAGGUGGGAGACGCAAGCAUCCACCCACCUUUCUGAGUUCCUCAUUCCCUAACAGCAAAAUCUGUGUAUCAGAGUACAAUAUCGGUGAUGCCCAGCCCGCUCCUGAGUCGCCCAGGCUCCUGGCGCACGAGUUUAAACUUUCCAACAUCGAUGAACGAAAUGAGGAAGUAACGAGGAAAUCUAACAAGGGCAGCGGGAAAAGCAAAUCAAAGUCCAAACCGCGAAAAUAUUUUUCUGGCAUCCUAAAUGCUAUUGGCUCGGCUGCUCCGCGGUUGAGAGGUGUGAGCACAGGUGAUAAUAUCAGGGAGAAAGACGACGAUGGCGGGCUGGUGGUGAGCGAGUGUGGUGUGAGCAGCCCUCGCCCGCAUGCUUUAGUGUACGAUCACCCAGCACCUUGUAGUGGGGUCGUGUCUGGUGGGUGUAAGUCAUCCGCCUCGCAGGGGUCUCGCCCUCCCACAGCCACGUCACCAGGUGGCGAGGGUAGAAGCGAGCCUCACGCGGCGAUCUCAUCUAAGCCUGAGGUAAUACAGGUGAGAGCCCACACUAAAGAUAGCUCCAAGUACGACAUCUCCAAUGACGUUGUGCCUGUUCCCAGCCCACGCCCACGACGUGCCCUCAAAAAUAGUCGUGACCUGCUAGAUAACGUUGCUACGCCCACACCACCCACACGUCGCAGAAACACUGAAGAAUCUGCAAAUAAAACAAUUAUAAAUGAAGGAAGUAAGAAGAGUGGGGAGUGUUUUGAGAGCCCACGAGCGAGUCCACGAGCGAGCCGUGGCCGGGAGCCAAGCUCAGAGUCAGUAGAAAGGAACUUCCGGUGCAACCUGCCCACCACCGCCCACCAUCUUGUACAGACUAACACCAACACUGAUGCCUAUGAAAACCUGACCUUCCAUGAAAAACAUUCAUUCGGCAAGUGUAGAAAUCCCUCGGCCUCGGAAAUAAAUUGUAAUAUCAAGGAACUAAGUGGAGUAUUAGGUGAAGCAGUUCCCCAGACGUCUACGAAAUAUAGCAGUCUCAGUCAAGGGUCGGAUAGCCACUGGAGUAAGCAAUCGAGGUCAAGGUCAGCUGGAGCACAUGCAACGCCAGGCGGUGAGGGCAGCGACAGGGCGCAGCAAGAGAGCUGCGGCGGGUCAAAGGGAGAGAGUAGCAACAAACAUGGGAAUAAUAGCGAGUCUGGAAGACCCAGUGGCGAGGCCGGCGGACGAGCGGUAGCAGAGGGACAUAGCAGUGGAUCAGGGAGUAACAACAGGGGAUCGACGACAGACACAGAAAACGCACCAACGCAUACCAGUGACGCGAGAGAUAACGGGGAGAUGAAUGGAAGUCACGUUGGGGUUUUGUGUGAUGAGUGGAGCAGAGUUAGUGGACGGGUGGAGGGCGGUACCAUCAAUAAAAUUAACCCUUUCGGCUGGCAUGGGGCUGAUUCUGGUAGCAGCACACCUGCUCGCCGGCGACGCGCUCGGCCACCUUCCCUGCCUACGACGCCGCCACAGUUUUCCCGGGCUCGAAGGACAUCCCAGUCAUCGGCCACUUCAGGAGGAUCGUUGCCUUCGUCGCCGACACGUUGGAGAAGACCCCAGGCCGAGGACACGUGGGAAGACAGCUCUGUUGACGGUUCACACGAGGGCCGGCUCUCCAACUCUCCCUCAGCCGAGUCAGUUGCCUCAGAAUCAACAUCUUUUUACUACAGUGCCGCAGGAUCCGUCAACGACCGUCCCAAGUCGUUUAACGACGACACAACUGCACGCUACUCCUUCGUCACGUGCCCCCAAUAUGAGGCGUUGACUCCACUGCAGGAGACUACGGAUGGGGAUGGCACACCAGCACCUGUCACACCUGUCAAGCGGCUAGACCGUUCCAGCACUUCCAACAUCUCCAGGACCAUCAGCGGGGACCUCAACUGUGAUGUUGACGUCAGUCUUUCCGAGGGAGAGAUUAAGAUUCGUGUUCGUACUGAUGAUGAGGACGUAAUAUCCUCAACGUCUAUACAUGACGAUGAUAGUGAUAAUGAUACAGAUAGUGAUUGUGAUGAAUAUGAAUUGUGUAGUGAUAUUAAAACUUUAGAAGACUCGAGAGAGUGCGACUCUCCUGAGAUGUGUAAUUCGACGUGCGAGUCUGAGGAUGACGCACUAGCAAGUGGCGGUGACGUAGUUCACGCUGUGCCCUGCGUGGCUGAACCAGGCUCCUCAAAUAGGUCGAGUGUGUCCAGUUCAAGUAUUCCCACGUUCCGUGGUCGCUACCUCGACUCACUGAGUUCCCAGGAAGACUCGAGGAAGAGAGAGAGCCCCCUGGUCCACGCUACUCCCUGUUGGGCCACCACUGACUCUGAUGUGAGGUCCAGCGUCUCUAGCAGCGACUACUACGGUAAGGUAUACCUCAGUGCGACGCCCGAAGAGAAGGUUUAUGUGCCUGAGUAUGAAAAUCUGGAGGAAGAGAUUACAACACACAGUAGCGUGGAUGACACACGUGUAGUGGGUGACGAGGACUGCACAAGUGAACCCAAGACGCAGAAACGUCGUUUAUCCGGUGUGUGGACCACUGCCGGUGAUACAGAAGAUGUUAGUAGUGAAUGGGAGGAGGAAACACUGUCUACAGACAAGUGUCUCAACAAUGUGAGCAUUUCAGAUUCUGCAAACGAGGAAGCAGCGCCGCACGUCUCGCAGCUGACGGGUGAGCGCCAUCCCGAGUACCACGAGCCUGCUCAAUGCUCCACCUUAGACGAGGAAUUCAUCCCGGAAGAAGUUCACCCACUGUCGUCAACGCCUCAAUUUCAUCGCAAGAGCCCGUCGGUGGAUGAGAGUGAGAGAAGCAACGAGACGGAGCAGUCAGACUGCACCACUGACCCCCAGAAUGGUACGCCUGGGUGGGAGCAACACACAGCUGCCUGGGAGUGGCACAAAACUAUGUGGGAACAUCACCAACAUCUUCACCAGCAGCACCUCUAUCACCUGCGCCAACAUCACCAACACCACCAGUCACUCCUGGCAGACGUCAUGUCGUGUUUGGGCGGGCGCUGGGGUAUGGGAGGCGGGUCAUGGUCCCACCCGCAAUACCCCGAUAGUGCUGGCUGCCCGGAAGACGUCAGGUGUGCCCACCUGCAGCACACUCCAACACCUGACAGCCGAUGGUCGGGGCAGCUCCAUGACGAUCCUCCAUACCGACCUGCCAGUGCCGCCUCCGACUUAGGAAAGCCGCCACCCUCGCCACUUCCGCCCUCCGGCUCGCACAGGAGUCGAGACACGUCCUCGGUGCCUCGGGAAGGGUCGAGGCCGCAGAGCAGACAAAAAUCGCGCUCUCGACGGCGAGCUCACUCUGCCAACUCGAAGUACAGAGUCGAGUUAGAGAUUCCCCCGCAGCUGUUCUCACGACCUAGGCCCUCCUCGUUCAGCAGCCUGGCCACGAGACGACCCAGCAGCCAGUCGCCUGAACCCUUGGAAGACGACCUCAGACAGGAAGCCCUUCUGUACCUGUCAGAAGCAGCAUUCGACCGCAGCGUUGACGCCUCCCUCCGCCGGUACUGUUGUGUGAGAUACCCGACCUUCUAACACCCGCCGCCUGUGUGUGAAUUAACGUUGUCUGAAGUACCAAGUGACUAAUUCUUGUAGACCUAGUUUUGGAAGCAUGUUCAUUUGAUGUCUUAUUAAUUAAUAUGUAAAGAGCUGCUGUUCUCAUGGAGGCCGUGUGAGCAGCACGUAACACUGUGUGUUUAACAAUACUGUAAGCUAAGGAAAGGCAGUAUACAAAAUAAUGUAAAUCAUACUUUUUACCUCUCAGGGCGGGAACACCAAAUUCCGAAGAGGCUGUGUUUGACACCAACUACAAUAUUAUCAUUGUGGCGCGCGAGAUGACUGUGGAGCUCUGGGAUAGCUAUGGU